AUGCCUCCUCCUGGUGUGUGCUUGAGUAUCCUAUCUGAACGUAGUAGGAGACACGGUCAGGGGUCUCGUGAUGCUCCUCUGAAAUUCAUGGACCAAGACUUCAGACACCUGCAGCAGCAUUGUCUCAUGAACAAACUAUGGUUCAUUGAUGGCAUGUUCCCCCCAGACAGAAAGUCUAUUGGUCAAGGGAUACUAAGUCCUGACCUGCUUCCAAGAGUCAGGUGGCUGAGACCACAGGAAAUUGUUUCAAACCCUUGCUUCAUUCUCAAAAAUACAUCAAGGUUUGAUUUUGUUCAGUCAAGUUCCUUGGGAAACUGCUGGUUUCUAGCCUCUCUUGGAGCACUGACACUUCAUAGGCCGGUAAUGGAUCAUGUUCUUCAGACUGGACAGACAUUUCAAGAUAAUUAUGCUGGGAUUUUUCACUUCAGGUUCUGGCGAUUUGGAGAAUGGGUCGAAGUUGUGAUUGAUGACAAGUUGCCCACACUCGACGGAAAACCAAUCUUUGCUCAUUCGAGAGAUCUAACUGAGUUCUGGCCUGCUUUGCUGGAGAAAGCUUAUGCCAAGGUCUGUGGAUCUUAUGCAGACAUGGAUAAAGGUAACAUCAGUGAAGCACUGAUGGACUUCACUGGUGGACUGGCAAUGACCUUUCAGCUGAAUGAGCCACCAGAGCAACUAUGGGAGCUAAUGUGUAGAGCAGGACAGUCUGAAUCUCUGAUGGGUUGCGGCACUCCUCCAGGGGCAAGUGCAACAUGGAAUAACAGCUUGUUGCCCAAUGGUCUUGUAAAGGAACACGCCUAUGCGAUUACAGGCGUCAUGAAAGCAAUAAGCAAUGGUUGCCCAGUGAGACUGGUGAGAAUAUUUAACCCCUGGGGCUAUAUGGAGUGGACCGGUGACUGGAGUGACCGGUCACCAAUGUGGAAAACAGUGAAUGAAGAGACUCAAAAAUUCAACAAUAUAAUUGACAACGGCGAGUUCUGGAUGUCCAUGGAAGACUUCCUGAAAAACUUCACACAAUUGAAUAUUUGCAGUCAAAGCAUCGAUGUAUUAGCCGGCACUCCUGCCAGUCACUGGACAUCUCGAUUCCAUCAUGGCAGAUGGGUAGUAGGAACUACAGCAGGUGGCUCUACUAAUGACCUAGACAGUUUCUGGAAAAAUCCUCAGUAUUAUGUCAAGCUCAGCAAAAUGGAUGAUGAUUCUGCAGACAAGGAUCCAAACAUCCUUGUGUCCCUCAUGCAGAAGUCUGACAAGAGACACAGACAUCUAGCAGCUUAUUUCCACAUAGGCUUCAGCAUUUAUGAGGUGCCAUCACAUGUAAAGGGGCAGACAGGAAAGUUCCCUGCAUCUUUUUUCAAAAGACACCGUCCUGUUGCACGAACCAAAAAAUAUCUGAAUGCUCGUGAGGUGAUUGAAUUCUUUAGACUCAAACCUGGUGCGUAUCUUGUUGUCCCAUCAACCUUCAAUCCAGACGAGACUUCUUCCUUUAUCUUGGCCAUCUUCUCAAGGACAAAGGCCCAGUAUAAGGAAGUGGAUGCAGAACAGCUUCAGAAAUUGUUGAAUGAAAACCUUCUAAGUGGAUUUUCACAGAAAAAGACAAACUUCAGCUUGGACUCCUGCCACAGCAUUGUUGCAAUGAUGGAUCUGUCUGUCUCUGGACGACUUAAUGAAGAUGAAUUCAUACGUUUGUGGAAACGAGCAGUCCUGUACAGGGACAUCUUUUAUCGCACGGAUGUCUCUCGGACGGGAAAUCUAUCAAUGAAUGAACUGAGAAAUGCACUCGAGGCUGCAGGGUUUGGUUUGAAUGAUCACAUGCUGAACCUCAUGGCCUUGCGUUACGGUGGCUCUACUGGGGAAAUGUCACUGGAGAGCUUCAUUUGUCUAAUCUUGCGUAUGGAGUCUAUGGCCAAAAUAUUCAGAAAAAUUGCUGCCGGAGGAGAGAUGCAUCUUGGAGAAAAUGAGUGGAUGUAUCUCACCAUGUACUCUUGAUUGCAACUCUGACUGGACUACAGAAA